AUGCCUGCUGAUCUUGCUGAGUUGCAGCUGGACACGUACCUUGUCCAAGUUGAACAAGAUGGACCUGUCGCGUCAAUCAUGCGAUUUACUUUGGUCGAUGUGGAGAUCUACCUUCCUGGUGAGACCCAACCAUCUACCAAUUCAAGAAGAGUGCUCUGGCUGCCCAAUUUUGCUACGAGACUGACUCUUUUUCGCCUGCUCCAUCUUGAAAACCAUUGUGUCGAGACCCCAGAGCGCUGUCAUCUCUUUUUGAAUGACUAUGAGAUUGAGCAGCGAGAUGAUGCCACUUUGGACAUCACCCACGGUCAAUACAUCAAUGUUUAUAUUGGAGCCUGCGAUUACAACCUCAUUGAUCAGAUUUUUCAAGAGGAUACCAGUGAUGACCAGAUGCAACUCCUACAGUACGGAACAAAGGACAUACCUGACACCUCGAAGCCGCCCAUUUGGCUUUUCCGAACAGACCAACAAACUGAACCUCUUGGACCUGAACAAUGGUGCACUGAGCAACAAGGAGCAAGACAGGAUGGACGUGCCCAUCUCGGCCUUACACCUGAAUGGGGACUUGCACUUGUCCGUGCAUUCCACCGGGAAGCUUUCAUCGAGAUGGAGGAGGAAGGACCAGUGGCUUACAUCAUGACCUGGCUGGUCCAACAUGAACGACGACCUCGUUGCCUUCAACCUCGCACAGUCAGGCUUGAAGCUAACCCAGCGGAAUGGGAGCAACUUAUUGCUGAGACCUGGGAGGACAUGUUGAUUCACGGCCACGGCCUUGCUUUUCAUCACGUACAUCCUCGACCAGUUCAGGCGACCACACAGACCCUUCUUGGACAUGUCAUUGUGGAGCAGGAAGCCGCUCCCACUGAUACGGUUGCGCCGGGCACACAUCUGGAAGUUCUCUUGCCUACCUUCAGACCUAGCCCACCAGCAGCACCUCCGAGGAGGGUGCAGCUCUAUGAAAAUUUCCAAGAUUGGGAGCCCUUGCUACGUGCUGCGUGGCGGGACCGACUUGAUCCAACGGCUGAGGUUGACUUCUACGUGGUGUACCCCUCUCCACCCAGUUCAACCAAUGACAUUGCGGUCCACGUCAUCAUGAUCCAACAUGAACACCCAUCCUGGAUCACGACCCUUGUCUCGGUCCUUGAUGACGACUUUCAAGAUGAGGAACCUGAAGUCCAACUAGCAGCCACCACCCAUGAACAUGCUAUCUUCGAACAUGUUCUGGUUGUCACAGAACUUGUUGACCGAUGCAUGGGACCCACAGCCACCAGGACGUGCCAGAUGUGGCACCGCGGUGAACAACUCCGCUGGGGACACCCCUACCCAGGGAGAAAUGGAAUGAGCAUCCAAGUUCACACGCAGGCACUGGCACCUCAGGCACCUGCCAACCCAGGGUUGAACCUUCUGCAGAAAUAUGUUCAACUCACACAAGGCCACAUUGCUCCAAGCAAGGGACAGGAGCGCCUAACAGAUGGGCUGGUGGCUCACACCCAUCGGCCCUGUCAGCUGCAAGAGACUGUAGCAGUGCGAAUCUUGCCUGGGAGGCCUGAUCAACAGCUCCUCCCUGACUAUAUUGAAUUUGCGCCACCCAUCAGCACGGACAAUAUCCGAAAAGAACUUUCACUAUGGGGUCAUGACUGUGAUGUCGAACUUCUUGAGGACUUUGACAUCGCACUUUGCUUUGAUCGCCAAGGCUAUCCACAGCUUGCUUGUCGCAUCUUCAUCUCGGUUGCCAACGGCCAGAUUUAUGGACCUUUCUAUCAAGAGGGAAUCCAACUGUGCGUUGACGAGAACAAGGACAUGCAAUUUCUUCAUGCCCAAGGACAUCCCAAAGCCGUUAUUGUCAGUCGAAGGAGCACCUUCAACCGUACAACCAUUGUGCUCUUUCAAGAGUCUUUUGGCGUUCUUGAGGAACUUCCUGGGAAGUUGAGGCAACCUCCGACAUGGCCACAGCAACAACCUGUGGCACCCCCUGGCGUCAUGUACAAGGGACCCCAAGCUGAGAGGCCUUUUGCUGGUCGUGAUAGCCGCAUUGACUUGGGAAAGACAUCUGUUGAGCUGCAAGAGUUUUUCCAGCGUUCCUCUUUUGAUCUUCACACCAGCUUUGACGGACUUCAACUUCCUGCUGAUCUUGAAGCAUUCCUCAAUUGCAUUCCUCUGAUUGGAGACCAACACCCGGAUCGUUUUAUCAUCUAUGUGGAUGGCUCCUCGCAAGGACACCAACAUCAUCAUCCCACGGCCUGGAUUGAAGAACAUGGCACUCCGGAUGCAUGGGCUAUGAUUGUCUUGGCUGAAUGCUAUGCUACCUCAACACGACCACAUCAAUUGUUUCUUGUCGGAUGGACGGCACAACAAGUUCGAUACAAUGCCACCAGCAGAUUCCAUCUUGGAUCCACAGCUCACCAACCAAGCUCACUGGUUAAAGAACAGGAGAUUCCCGUCCUGCAGCACAUCAAGAUCCAGAUCAGCUUCUGCACAGCCAAUGUCCUCUCGAUGUACAAUCGCCCGGAUGGCUAUGCAGGCAAAGUGGGAUAUCUGGUUGAACAAUUCCAGGCUCACGGGCUUCUUUUUGGUGGUAUACAGGAAGCACGCACACCAGAAGGAAGUUGCAAGUGCCAAAACGUGCUUCGGUUUUGCUCUGGCGCUCUUCAAGGGCAAGGGGGAGUCGAACUAUGGAUCAAUACAAGGCAACCUUAUGGUUAUGAGGGCCGCAAAGCCCUGCACUUGAGACAGGAGCACAUCCAAAUCAUCCAUGCUGAUCCACAUCGACUACUUGCCAGAGUGUAUACCAGCUUCCUCGACAUCCACAUCUUUGUUGCGCAUGCCCCGCAUAGCGGACAUUCCAUUGACCUUCGGACCAAAUGGUGGCAACUUUCCACGGACAUCAUUCAGGAGCACUGCGGGGAGAACAAGCCUUACGUGAUGAUCGAUGCGAAUGCUGAAACAGGCUCUGUGGAUGGACUUUCGGUCCUACACCAACCUGGAACCACAUCGAAAUCUACACCACUCUGGCGACAAUUUCUUGAAGUUCACCAGUUGGCUUUACCGCAGACGCUUUAUACCCAUGUUGGCGGUCUGGAUACAUGGACAAGCCCUGACGGCAAUACCACCCAUUGCCUUGACUAUGUGGCCGUGCCAUGCGAGAGGUUGGUUUGCUGCACACACUCACAACUGCUGGACUCCUUUGACUUGGGCAAUGAACAACAAGAUCACACACCCAUUGCGGUUGAACUGGGCUGGGCUUACCAUGUCUCUCACAAGCCUUCCAGAAGACAGAGAGCAGCAACAACCUUUGAUCGAGCCAAAAUCAGAAAUACAAAUCUUGACGGUCUUCUUUCUGAUCAUCCUGCGACUGACUGGGCCUUAGAUGUCGACACACAGAUUGAGACCCUCAAUCAGGCAGUACACAAGGAACUUCACAGACGAUGUCCGACCCAACGCAAAGGUCCCAAGAAGUCCUUCAUCAGCGAUGCAAUUUGGUCUUUACGGUCACAUAAACUUCGGUGCCGACGAGCCCUCAAACAUACCAAAAAGAUCAUUUUGCGUGAACUGCUUGCCACGGCUUUUGGUGCAUGGAAACGCUCCAAUGAAGGAAGUGAUUACCAGGCAACCAGCCUCCAGGAGCAAUACAUGACCACGCUUCUUUGUGGCAACCUCCGAUGCCUGGCGGAUUUUCGUAGCCAUGCCAAACAACUCAAGGAUGCAUUGAAAGCUGCCAAGUUUCGGGGGGUGGCUGAGCACAUCGACAAACUGGCACCGACAGCAUCGGCCUCCACGAUCUUGCACACCCUACGGCCUUUGGUAGGGACAAGCAACCUCAAAAACAAGGGCAUUGCGCCACUGCCUCAAGUGCUUGAUAGGGAGGACCAACCUUGCCGUUCGCCAGAAGAUGCGCUCAACAGAUGGAUUGAGUUUUUCGGCAACAUGGAAGGAGGAGUUCGACGUCCAGCACAACCACAACGUGACAUGUGGAUUCAGAAUCUGGCCAGCUUACACUCUGACCCAGUUGUGGUGGCAAUUGAGGAUCUGCCUCCCCUUGCUGCGCUUGAAUCAGCUUUUCGACAAGUCUCCACUGGGAAAGCAACUGGACCGGACAACAUUCCUGCUGAAGUUUGCAAUUCCUGUCCAACGGCUUUAGCCCGACAUUCUUUCCCAUUGCUGCUGAAAACACUUCUUCACGGCCAUGAGCCCCUGAUGCACAAAGGCGGCCGCCUUGUGCCAAUCUGGAAACGCAAGAUGAGCAAGCAGCGUUGUGAGGCUUACCGCUCGAUCCUCAUUUCCUCUCACAUUGGUAAAUGCAUUCAUAGAACUUUGAGGUUGCACCAGGCAUCCAUCUAUGAACAGUAUAUGAUCCGCCAACAGAUUGGAGGGCAACGGAAGGCGCCUGUCAAUUUAGGAGUUCAUCUUGCUCGAGCAUUCUUCCGACACCAUCAUCUUCGACAACGACCGAUCGCCUUCAUCUUCCUUGAUUUGAGCGAGGCGUUUUAUCGGGUCAUUCGACCCCUUGCUGUCGGAGGCAAGACUGACGAUGAGACUCUUGCUUUGGUGGCGUCCAGAUUGGGACUUCCUGCCACGAUCUUGGAUGACCUGAGGAUCCAUCUUUCCCAGGACUGUGCCACACAACAAGCGCAGGACUGCCACCUCACAGAUGAACAGAUCCUCUACCAGACUGGCCUACCCUCUCCCUCGGAACUUUUGAGGGUGCAGCUGAUCCGUCGUGCUAGUCUUCAUGCCUGCAAACAGCGAGAGAAAGAUCAAGCACUUCUGCUCUUCCACAAGGAGAUCCUACAGUACUGGCUCCACGCAGGAACAAAACCUGGUCAAUCAACACGAUCGCCUCCUACCACCUUUGAAAGCGCAGGACCAAGACCUGAACAGGGAGUCCUGAGAGACUUUGAGAAUGUUGACUGGACACUUCAUGACGAGUGCUGCCUGGCCUUCGUCGAGACGGAGAAUCUGGCGGACCUCGAGCAGAAGAUCCGGGACAUCAUCACGGAGCGGACUAUCUCAUGGACUAUGUGUACAGCCACCUUGGCAGCCGUGCGGAACACCAUUCUGGAGCACAAUCAGGACGAAAGCAUCCGUCAGAUUGGUGAAUCCUUCCUCCUGCACAUUGUCGAUGCGCUGAUGCGACCAGACGCCUGGCCAUUCUUGCAUUCAGUGCCAGCUCCUUUGGAAAGAAAAGACCUCCACUGCCUGGAGAAGGAGAUCCUGGAGCAGACUCGGCCAUUGAAUUGGCCGAUCCCACGCCAGUUCGGCAAGUUCCGGAUUGUCCUCCACGCCUUUUCGGGCCGGAGGCGCCUGGGUGACUUUCAGUACUACCUGGACGCGCUCCUCCAGAAGCAGACAGAGGGUUUCAUCGUCUACACCGUCUCGCUCGACAUCAUUGUGGACAAGGAGAAGGGCAACAUUGCGGAGAAGACGGUGCGGGACUUUUGGUUCCACAGCAUCACACAGGGUUGGACAAUUGCAUUCCUUGCAGGUCCACCCUGUGAGACUUGGUCCAAGGCUCGUGCUGUACAUGCUGCGGACCCCGCCAACUCACAGCCCAGAGUGCUCCGUGAUGCCAUGGAUCUUUGGGGUUUUCCCCAACUGCGGCUACGCGAGCUGGACCAAGUCUGCGUUGGUAACCUUCUUCUUUGCUUUGCGGCGGAGGCUUUUCUCCGUCUGGCAGACACUGGUGGGUUUGCUGCUAUCGAGCAUCCCAAAGAACCGGAAGAUCCCCAACUGGCUUCGAUUUGGCGGCUUCCCCUCUUCGAAGCCCUGACAAGACUUCCGGGAGUCGAGCUCCUCUCGCUCAGUCAAGGUUUGCUGGGCGCGAAGAGCAUGAAGCCCACACAGCUGCUCUGCCUCAACCUGCCAGGUAUGACGCAGACCAUCCUGGCCAACCAUGUGACGAAGAGCAAUCCCAAGACCAGCUCGAUUGGACGACAAGGAGAUGGCAGCUGGGCUACAGGGGGACUAAAAGAGUACCCGCCAGCUUUUAGCAAGGCUUUAGCUGAGCAAUUUUGUGGUGCGAUCAGUGCGGUCCCACUCUCUGCACAGGAGGACCCUGAUUCGCAGUUCCUCUCCGUUUGCAAAGCAAUGACUGUGACCUCUUUCACGGUCGAAUACGGAAGGGACUUUGCAGGCUGA